AUGGAUCUCAAUACUACCCAAUACGAUAAACUGAAAGAAGAAGUAUCAGAUAAUCUGAUGGACAUCAAGAGUCAUUUGAAAAGAAAUAAACCAUCACCAGCAAUACCGUCAAAAAGGGUCAAGCAUGAUACAGGUUCGUCACCCUCUACUACGGAGGAAUCCAACGAGGAAAUCGCCCGACAAUACAAGAAGUUCAUGAAUGCACCUAAAUAUGAUCUUAAUAGUGAAGAAUUGUUUUGUGUAUGCAGACGUCCUGACUUGGGUGAAAUGAUGGUUGCUUGCGAUGGAUGUGAAGAAUGGUUUCAUUUCAAGUGUAUGAAAAUAAAUGAAAAAUACUCCAACUUAAUAGCCAAAUAUUUUUGCAAAUUCUGUGAAUGGAAGGGCGAAGGUAAUACCCAAUGGAAAAGAAAAUGUCGCAUAACAUCCUGCUAUCAGCCUAUAGCGGAGAGGUCCAAAUAUUGUUCGAAAGAGCAUGGAUUAGAAUUUAUGAAACUGCUGUUGUUAGAAUCAACGAUAAACUCUACUGAUGGUCCCUCUUUGCAGAAAUUGGAUGCACGUGUUAUAAAAGAUGUUUUGGAUUAUGUAUCAGGCAACUUUGACAAACUACAGAAAAUGGGAUCAAGCUUCCCAGAGUUGGAGGUAGUUAAGAACUAUAAAAAUGAUGACUCUGCUCUAGAUGAAUUUCCAGAGACUGUGAAAACAGAUUUACAAAAGGUGCAUGCAAAAUUGAGUACGUUGUCAGAACAGAUAGGUAAACAAGAACAAGCGUUGAAAGCAUUAGUUAAUACUAAGGAAAACAUAAAACAUUUGAAUGAUAAACUCACUAAUAUUGUAUAUGAAGACCUGGUUCUGGACAAGCAAACCUCUAAAAAGAAGAAGGGUGCUAGGGGUAAGAAAAAGAUAGACAUCUGCUUUUGUGAUAAAGGCGAACAACUAAUUGUACAACUGGUCACUGAUUCUGGCACUAUCUUUGAUGACUUGUUGAAGGUUAUUAAAUGCCGAGUUUUUGAGAAUGACGAAUGUAAGGAGGAAGAUCUUGAUUGGUUCAUGAACGAUUUGUGUAUAAAGGACAAGAAGAAAUGUGUUCGUCAUAGUGGUUGGUGGAAUUUAUACUACGAUGAAGCUGUCCGAAACUUAGAACAAUUACAGAGCAAGCUCGAGGAGACGAUGGAACAAAAAGAAAUGAUACUAAAAAACUAUUCUAUCAGUGUAUAUGAAUCCUAA